AUGGCCCCCUUGGACGCACAGUUGCUCUCACCUCCUGGGUCCGGAGCUGCUUCCGCCGCCGUCUCGGACGCCCUCCGGACUCAGCAUGUCGAGGCCGUCCUCGAGGCCCUCAAGCAGCGCAGUCCCAUCUACGGGACCAUCCUUCCGACGCUCACGCUGCGUUCUGCCUCGUGCGGCCGCGUCGUCUGCCGGCUCGUGCUCGACGCCAUGCACGUCAACAGCCGCGGGGGCUUGCACGGCGCCGUGUCCGCGACCAUCGUCGACAUGACCACCGGCAUGGCCAUCGCCUCUUGGGACCUUCGCGACACCACGGGAGCCAGCGCUGACAUGCACCUAAGCUACCUCGGGACAGCUGUCGCCGGCGACGAGCUCGAGAUCGCCGCCACGGCGGAGAAGGUCGGCGGCAGCCUGGCGUUUGUCACGAUCCGCAUCGACAAGGUCGGGCCGGACGGAGAGAGGACUCCAGUGACGCUGGCCCAGCACACUAAGUUUGUGCGGUCGUCGUCCAAGAACCCCUCUACGGGGGUGAACACUCCGGUGUAG